AUGUUUGGUCUCAUUUCGUUUUUGGCUUGCGUUGCAGCUUGCAGCAGUCAUGCUGUGCUACCAUUAGUAGCACCGGCCGCGAUUCAUUCAACGGCGUUUGUGGCUCCUUAUCCGGUGCACGGGUAUGGCGGACAUGGAUGGUUGGGACACGGAUCGCUGGGACACGGACUGCCGGCUAAGCCCUUUGGACAUCACGUUCUGAAGCGAUCGCCACACCUGGUUGCUCCAUUGGCGCAUGCUGCUCACGUGGCUCCCAUAGCCCAUGUAGCCCCAGUAGCUGUGUCUCAUCAGUCACGCUUGGACGUCCAUACGUCUCCUGCUGUGGUUGCUGCCCCUAUACUGCCCGUUGUGAAACCGAUUGUUGCGCCUGUUAUACAGGCUGCUCCUCUUCUAGGCAAAUCUUUCGUCGCCAGUCCCGUACUCCUCGGCGCUGGACAUCUUGGUGUUGGAAGCCUUGGUGGUGGAUAUCUUGGCGGUGGAUAUUUUGGAGCUGGACAUCUUGGCGGCGGGCAUCUUGGUGGCGGACAUCUUGGUGGCGGCUAUCUUGGUAGCGGACAUCUUGUUGGCGGACAUCUUGGUGGUGGACAUCUUGGCGGUGGAUAUCUUGGGGCUGGAAAUCACGGUCAUUAUGCAUCGUUACAUCCCUAUUGAGGACACCACUAGAGUAAUGUUUUUGUAUAAUACGCUAUAAAAAUCAAUUUAGUUUGUUAACAGUAUUUUGAGAGAUCGUAUAAUAAUUAAAAUUUAAUUUGAAUAUACAUUGUAUUAUUCAAGACCAACGCAUGUACAACGUUCGCGCCGAGUCUUCGAUUGAUUGCUACAACUGUUUCAUUUUUUUAUAUUAAAAUUUGAAUUUGUCUA